AUGUUAUGGUUGGGCAAUCUUCAGGGGCGAUGGCUCCAGGCCGGCAUCACCUUGACGUGCGGCGUUGCCUUCAUGCUCUUCGGUUACGACCAGGGGGUCUUUGGAGGCCUUCUCGGUAACGCCAUGUUCAUACGCACAUUCAACAACCCAAACCCGACCAUUCAGGGACAGAUCGUCUCGACUUUCGAUCUCGGCUGCAUCCUGGGCGCCGCCACCAAUCUGUACACGGGUGAUAAGCUGGGAAGGAAGAAGGCGAUCAUCGUCGCCUGCGGUCUCGUCGUCCUCGGCAGUGCAAUCCAAGCAUCAUCCUUCUCGCUGGCACAAAUGAUCGUCGGCCGGAUCGUGGCGGGGUUUGGCAUUGGCUCCGAGACGGCCAUCAUUCCCAUGUAUCAGGCGGAAACGUGCAACCCCAAGCACCGUGGCAAGCUGAUCGCCUUGCAAUGCAUCAUCGUCAUCUCUGGUAUUGUCCUGACCAACUGGAUGAACCUGGGAUUCACUUAUGUCCCGGACAACGACGUCAGCUGGCGCUUCCCUCUCGCCUUUCAGACCUUCUUCGCCUUGCUGGCCAUGUUUCUGAUCUUGUUCACGCCCGAGUCUCCUCGCUGGCUGUGCAUGAAGGACCGACACGAGGAAGCUCGACGUGUGAUUGCUCGGCUGGAAGGUCAAGAAACGACCAACCCUGAAGUGUCUCAGUUUCUCCAGAUCUUGAUCGACACCAUCGCCCAUGAACGAUCCGCGGCAGAGGUCAGUUGGCGCGAGGUCUUCUCCAACGGCGAGCAACAGACCUUCCGACGGAUCACCCUUGGAGCCGGGCUCAACUUCAUGCAGCAGAUGGGAGGUAUCAAUGUCGUCGUCUACUACAUGCCGGUGGUCUUGACCACUUCAUUUGAUUUCAGCGAUCGUCUGGCCCUCAUCUUGACCGCCUGUGAUUUCAUCGCACUGAUGAUCUGGGGUGGGUUUGGGGCGGUGUUGAUUGACCGGUGGGGACGCAAGAAGCUCUUGCUCCUGGGUUCUGUGAUCCAGGGGACUGCUUUCUCCGUCGCAGCCGCCGGCUUGGGGGUUGGUACAAGGGCCUCGAACGGCGUGGCGGUUGCCUUUAUAUUCCUCUAUCACCUGGGUUUUGGCUUGUCGUUCCUUUGUGUCCCAUUCACCUACGCCGCGGAGAUCAAUUCUAAUCGGAUGCGCAAUAUUGGAGCAGCUAUCGGCAUGCUGACCAAUUGGCUCUUCGUCUACGUGGUUGUCUUGAUCACCCCAACCGGCAUUGCCAACAUCGGGUGGAGGUACUACAUCAUCUUUGGCGCUCUGAACUUCUCCUUCAUCCCUGUGAUUUGGUACUUCUACAUUGAAACGGCAGCCAUGUCUCUUGAGGAGAUUGACAAGAUGUUCGAGGCCAAAUUCCACGGAGGGAAAUCCAUGACCUGGAACGAAGCACGACAGGCGGCGAAACAGAGCAUGGCGGCGGCAAAGGCAGAAAUCUCGGCCAAGAUCGGACAGGAUGGCGUCGAUGGCGUUGUUGUCCAUGAGGAGUACUCUUAUGACAACGAGAAGAAGCAGAGCUCGCCUGCUUGA